CUAUUAACGGAGGCCGGACCCAAAUUACCAACAGGCAGGCAACGUUUAAACAUGCAAAUGAACAGUUGAUUGAUCCAUGUAAAUAUUCAGUGUAUAUUAAGUUCAUUAUUAAAAAUUGUGAUUAUUCUCUAUGAAAUAUGAGGAUGAUUCUCAAAUUAAUCCCUAGGGAGGAAGAAAGGUAGUUCGUUCUUUGGAGAUAAUUUUCUGCUGUAUUAGAUUAUCAUAAAGAUUUUAUCCGUUAUUUAUUGUCGCCUUUUCACCCCAAUUUUUUCCUUAUGAAUUGUCCGCGAAAGGAAAUUUAGGCUUAAGGGGUCACACCAAGCCAAAUUUUGAUGCCUUUCAGGGAUAAAUAACCCUUUCACCAGGCAGUCGACAUGUGGACAGUACAUACAGGAUCUGACCAAGGGAAGUUCCAAGUACCAGCAGCUGACAUGGAACAUGCUAGAGUCCAUCUCCUGGGCAGAGUUCUUGGAAGAAUUCAGAACCUUUGGUGCGUCUGCUGCAAGAAGCUACGUAAAGUCACCAACUCUAGAGAUCAGACCUUAGGACCUGUUGGAUGCGAGAAUGACAACUAUACUUCAACAUCACAGCAACUUUGUUUACUCAUUGUGCCAUUCUUUUUGAAUUUUGAAAGAUUUUGAGAUUUUCAAAAAAAAUGGAAAAAAUAUUACUUGAACUUUAUGAAAUGAAACUUGGCACACAUGUUCACAAUUAAUGAUACAGAAUGGUUCAGAAUUUGUGUUUGAAGCUGCUUAGCAAGUCCUUUCAUUAUGGUAAACUUUCAUUAAAUGUGUUAAAUGCACCUUAAAAAAAAGACAGUUUGCCAUGGUUUUUGAUGUUGAUGUCUUGCUUUCGGUUACCCACUAAUAUACUUAUCAUAGUUUUAAGUCGAAAAUACUUAGUUUAUAAUACUAGUAUCAAAAUAUGUUGAGAUGUUUAUUGAAAUAUACGGGUUUCCUCCAAGUUUACUGCGAUUUUUUCUCAUUACAGAAGAUUGAACUCAUGCGUAACAUUGUGCCAACAAGAGGGAUUGAUAUAAUGGUGUAAGAAAUUGUUUAACCAUUGUUGUAAAAUAAAUAAGUUUAAACUUAAUUACAGAAAAGCAAUGUAAAGUAUAAAUUUAAACUUUCAGGAACCAGAAUGAUAGCUUGGUGCAGAUUUUAUGGCCAUGGUGGCUUGACCACAUUACACAACGCCCCAGUAUGAUGGACCUUCGUUACUUGGCAGGAAACAACUUUAUAUGGCCAGUUUUUCUUCGGGCAAAAGAUGGCCCUUCUUCUGCCAUGUGACAGACAGGAAGAGUUACUCAAUAUUUCGACAUCAUUCAGUAGCUGGGAUGGUCCGUGACCCAUAUGAGCAAGUUCUAUACAUGUAACAGUGUCGAAAAACAGAGAUAUGCUUAUUAAGCUGUUGUGAUACAUUGACUGAAACGAUUUACCUUGAUCACCAUGUCGUUGUUCAUCAAUCUCAUCAUCAUCGCAGCUGUUGUUGUGAUAGUGACAGCCACUAUCCCGCCAAUCCGGUUUACCAUGACAGAGGAAGAGCCCAGCGGAUAUAGAGUGGGCUCCGUGGCCAAUGAAACCCAGCAAUAUCUAGAGUGGGACCCAACAGAUCUUACAUACUCCACUGAGGGAAGCACGCUUUUCAGUAUUAACGAUGAGACUGGGGACAUUUAUACGCUCGUUGUGAUUGAUCGUGAACACGUGUGCGAAUACCAGAGUGACUGUAUGGUUAAAAUGGACGUUGCUGUGAGGUCGACAGAUAAUCGCUUAUUUGAGGUGAUCUCGGUAGAAAUCAUCAUUGAAGACAAAAAUGACAACACGCCAAUGUUUCCAACGGAUGUAACCAAAGUUGACAUUGCGGAGAAUAGCCCAGUUGGAUCUGCCUUCAAAAUUGAGCUCGCUACUGACAAAGACACCGGAGCACAAAACUCUGUCCAGAGUUACGAACUGUUGUUAAAUGAAGGAUCGACGGGUUUCUUUUCUUUGAAUAUUACCAAGAACUUGGACAGCACUUUCAAUCUCAAACUCAUUCUAACAAAGGAAUUGAACAGAGAGGUGAAGGACUCUUACAGUGUGGUUGUUAUUGCCAAGGAUGGAGGGAACCCAGUGAAAUCUGGGACACAGAGAAUCAACAUAAAUGUCACAGACGUAAAUGACAACGACCCUCAGUUCACCCAGACUUUUUACAAUGUCACUAUCAAAGAAACAUCAGGCAUUCAUGAAACAAUCCUUUAUCUUUCUGCCAACGACAAAGAUGCUUACGAAAAUGCCAGAGUUUCUUACAGAAUAAGUGAAUUUUACCUGAAUAACGAUGGUUUACGAGAAAUAUUCUACCUAGUCAAAGAAACAGGAGAACUGAAAGUUAAGUCUGACCUCUCUUCUUAUGCGGGACAAUCAUUUAAAUUUUUUGUCGAGGCCUUUGACCAUGGGGCUGUACCACGGUCUUCUCAGGCUGAAGUUGAAGUGCAUAUUCAAGACUCCGGAAAUAAUGCCCCUAUUGUCAGUUUUAGCUUCUUUUCCCCUGGAAACACCGGCUAUGUGAAUGUGCCAGAAAACGCUUUGAACCAGACAUUUGUAGCCCAUGUAAGUGUCACUGAUCUUGAUAGUGGCGAAAAUGGACAAAUCGAAUGCAGGAUCUCAAAUACUCACUUCGCUAUUGUGAAAAUGGAUAAGGGCUACAAGGUGGUCGUCAAUGCUAUUCUUGACAGAGAAGUUCUCAGUACCUACAACCUGACUGUUACCUGCUCAGACAAGGGAACGCCAGUCAUGAGUGACUCAGCUUCGUUCUUUGUUCACAUCACAGAUUACAACGACAACAGGCCAGUGUUCGAUCCUCAAAUCUACCGUGUAAAACUCACUGAAAAUAAUCAGGGGACCGAACUGAUAACUAAAGUUAUGGCCACUGAUGAAGAUGAUGGCAAAAAUGCUAUAUUUCACUACGUACCACAUGAAGAUGCCAUGGACCGAUUUGUUGUUGACAGCAAUACUGGGAAGGUAACUGUUAAUGCUGUUUUUGAUCGGGAAGUCGAACCUGUGGUAGUCUUUCGAGUCCUUGCUGUGGACAAUGGUAACCCAGCUCUCACAGGGACAGCUACAGUUUUCCUUACCUUGCUCGAUGUCAACGACAAUGCACCAACUUUUACGGAAUCUUCGUACAAAAUCGCAGUGAAAGAGAACCAAGAAACUGGCUCUGAUGUGUUCAAGUUCAGAGCUGAUGAUAAAGAUGAUGGUGUUAAUGCUGAAUUUGUUUUCUCUCUUGCCCCGGAAUUUGUGAGCUCUGUGCCAUUUGUUAUGUUCAGUAACGGACAAUUAAAAACCAACAAACAGCUGGAUAGGGAGGAAAGGAGUCGCUACGAUUUUGUUGCCAUAGUUACGGAUAGGGGAAAUCCCCAGCAGAGCAGCCGUGUGCCUGUGAUUGUCAGCGUUGAAGAUGUAAAUGACAACCAACCGGUUAUAACAUUCCCCAGACCAUCGAACAACAGUGUUAUAGUUUCCUACCCAGACUUUGAGUCAGAAUAUAUCACUACCGUUGAAGCUUAUGACCUUGAUGAAGGCCGCAACAAAGAACUGUUUUACUCAAUCGUUGCUGGAAAUGACAUGGACAUCUUUGAAAUGGACUCUGUUUUUGGAAACUUGUAUUUCAAGUCACAAAUUGACAUUGGUGCUGAUAAAAUUAUUGCCCUGGAUAUUUCCGUUAAAGACAAAGGUGACAAUCCCUUAGAAACGAUUAAGACAUUGUUCGUAGAGCUGAAAUAUACAAAUGCAACAUUCUUGAAAAGUAUUUCUGACGGUGCAAAUUCCAGCAACGUCAUCAUUUCUGUUGUCGUUGUCAUAAUAACAUUGGUCAUUUCCGGUGUCAUUAUUGGCGUAAUUCUGUUCCUCAGAACUUUGGACAGGAAACGUAAAGAAAAAGAAUCAAACAGCACGAGCUCGACCCUGGAAUCGGAUUUCGGUUUUACCCAACAGAACCCGAAUCACACGAUCCUCUCGGUGGAUACUCUGUCAUCAGGUUCGGCUUGUGAGGGUCAAGACCUUAUAAAAAAGAAAGAAGUGAGCUUUGUUCUCGACGGAAAUGACUCGUAUGAAUUUAAUCAACAAAGACAGACAACCAGUACCGCUGCCAAAGAUAAGCCUUCGAAGUCAUCCCUGCGUUACUUGCCACAGCAGUUUCCCCACCAUGCCUCAUCCCCCGCGUCUCAAGACGCACGAGACCACAUGUCCGGCUCCCCGACAGUGCUUGAUUCCCGGGAGCUACAGCACGAGGCAAACAACCAGCUUCACUCCCUCAAACUUCAGCAGGUGAUACUGCAGAAUCGCGCUAAACAGUGGGUCGAGCAGCAACACCAGUUUGGUACGUGCCCAGAUGACCACCACAGCGAGGGCUCAGCCGAGACGAUACCCAGUGACAGUGGACGGGGUUGUAGCGAAGAAGACGACAUGUUCAGCACGCCCUCUGCUGAUGAUCCAAAGCUGUUUGAGUUAUCUAGUCCCGAGUCCCAGCGCAGUAGCGGGCUGAUUCCACCCCCCAAGCCCUACCAUGCUGUUCUAGAGCCACAAAAUUCCACCAGCAUUUACACAAAGCAACCCUGGUCUCGUAGACCCCACCUUGCCUCGCAUCGUGACACAAGACCAACACAAAGUCAGCUCAGUUUGAACAGAAAUCUUAACAUUCGUCAUUCAGGAUAUUUAGACAGUGUUUCCAGUGUUAAUAAUGAAAGCCAAAAUCGUAUGUCAUGGGGUAGUGCAUUAUACGGCAAUGUGAUGCCGAUGGACUUCACAGGCGAUUCCGCGUUGCAUUCGUUCUUCGACAAAACACCCAUGACUUACGCCAAUGCCUAUCGAGACGAUGAAGACACAUGUUCAACCACCACCUCCGGAAGUUACACAAUAUACUCCGAGGAAAUCUUGUGAUCCAUACUGACUCUUAAUUAAGCCAGACUGUGAUAGGUGAUAGGUGGUACAAUAAGAGACGAUGACAUGUGUUUUGAGCUCGUGAGCAAAUUGGUGCUAUCUUUUCAUCUGUCUUUUUGACAUUGUGUCGAUCUCAUUGUAUUCAAUGUUACAUGAGAAUAAACAUUCAUUAUGUGAUCUCAAUAAUGACUUAUACAGAGUAACCAAUGAAUGUCGUUGAAAGAUAAAGGCUUAAAAAGGCUAGAAAACACUACAAUAUUCGAUGAAAAGCUGCCAAGUUUAUAAUCCUAGAAUAUCUGAUUGGAGAGGUCGCUGUCAUACAUUCAGACGAAGACGGUUACAUCAUGUCUUGUCAGGUGUAAAUCCCGCUGUGAGGACCCUAAUCUGCCGGGCACGCCAUUCUUAAAAGGGCUCUAAUCUCCUGGAUCCCUCGAUAUGCCUGUUCCUGAGCUCAGCAUGGCUACAGCCUCAGUAUAGACCCGUUUACCAAAUCUCAUUCUUCUAGAGCGAGGAAAAAGUGGGCUGGGGCAAAAAAGCUGCGAGGCCAGUUGGAAUACUGAUCAGUCCAUGGGGCGCUACCAGUGACGAUUAUUAUUACAAGUGUGCAGCACCAUGCCCAAAUACCAGGAUCGGAGAUGUGAUCAGUCUGGAUGUCCUUGCGGCUGGGAGAAUAUGGAUGCCGAGAAUACAACAAUGACAUCGGUCCGGAAACAGGUCAUGACGAUUGGAAGGUUGAAGCGAUCAGCAAUGUAAUACCAUUCUUGGGAUGAUAAACUGGCUUUCCUGAAGACUUUGUAGGGAUUAACUUUAGAACUUUUGUGUGCGAGAUUAAAUGUCGCUUGGAAUCCAACAACACCAUCUGUACGGAGACGGGUCAUGAUGAACGAAAGAACCGAAACAUGCGGUGACUGGUACCAUAAUACCAUUCGUGGAUAAUUGGCUUUUCUAAGCAGAGACUUACUUUAAAAAUAAUAGAAAGUGUUAUUGGUUCAUAAGCAGAAGAAAAUCGACAUUGACAAUUCAUAUUUUGAAUGCAUUUGAUGCAUUAGUGAAAGUCACUUACUGUAUACGGGAAUCUGUAACUUAUUUUAUUAAUUCUAGUGCUUGUGUUUUAACACUCCCAUUUGUAAAUUCUACAGUUUAACUGUAAAUAUUGUUGUAUAUAUUCAUGUUAUUAAGUAUUAUUAUUGUUGAUGACGCUGUUAGAAUGUUGAAAUUAUUGGUUUUUAGUGCAGGUACCAAUAAAUUUACUACAUUUACUGAUAAGAUAUUGGUGGAUGUUGUUGCUGAUGCAAUAUGAACAUAGAUCACAUUGUUUGUAUUUCAUGUAUUAUGUUAACAGCUGUUAAAUCAAGGGACAGCUAAAGUUGUUUAUAUUAUACAUGCAAAGUGAAUUGAUUUAUUUUGUACAUGUGUUGAAUAGCAAUCGAAAUAGUGCAUUGAAAAUAAUAGAAAGUGAUCUCAAAAUAAAAAAUGAGAAAAUUAU